GGUGGACGGCUAAACCCCCAAACCCCCGAACAGCCAAACCCUUCCCCACCUUGUAACCCUCGUCCAACCUUGGUGAGAAAAAAAAUGGCGGUCUCAGCCGUCGCCGCCCGAUCUAGGGCCAUAGCCCGCGCCGCCUCCUCCUCCCUCCUCGCCCGCGGCCUCCUCCCCACCUCCCGCCGCGCCACCUGCAUCAACAGGUUGCCUUUGGUGUCCGGGGGCCUCCUCUCCACGCUGCCGCUCCACAGCGCCGUCGCGUCGGCGCGGUUACGGUCCGCGAUCGCGCCCGAGUCACAGAGCUGGGGUUUAGUCCCCCAAGGGAACUCCAUGCCUUUAUGAGAGCAAAGCUUACCUUUUCCGUUGUAACUGCCUAAACAAAUUGUGAAUGCUUUGAAUUUUCAUAAUGUUCAUUUCGCUAUCAGAACUAUGAAUGAGCUUACGAGAACUUAUUUUUCUGUGGUAAGAAUGGUUUGGUGGGUAAAAGUUUGGUUGUUUUCUGCUAUACUAGCUAUUUUUCUGUGAUAAGAAUGCUUAUUUGACUUGGCUGAUUUGGAAUUUUGGAUACAUUUGUUACCAAGUGAACAUAUUUCUCCAUCUAUUGGCUCUACUUCCUGAGGUGCAGUUUCUGGUGCAAUGUUCUCAAUCGAUCAUAUGGCGGCAGUUCAGUAUCAUUAUUUCUUUUUCAGCGGCAACAAUUAUUGAGGCGAUUAAUGGGGCAUCCGAUUCUUGUGAUCUGUCAUCUUACUGUUUGGGUUGGUAAUGGAUUCUGAUCAUGAGACUGAUGGAUUCAUGGUUUUGUUCUGUGAACUUGAGUUUCCUGAAACUAUCAAUUUUAUUUUCUUUAGUCUUCUGGCUUGUUCUGCUCUAUAUUUGCAUGCGAGCUAAGUGUAUAAUCUUGUCUAGCAGUUGUUCUAUUUCCCUAGAGGGAAUGGUGUACAUGUCUAGAAAAUAGCAAUAUGACAAGUUUACAACUACUUGAGUUGAGAUUUUUACAACGAUAAUAUGUGGGUUUCAAAUUUUCAACUAUAUAGUGUAUGUUCAUUGGUGGUGAAUUAUAUUUUGAAGA